AUGUAUGCUUUUCGAAAGCAUGUUUUCCAGCCAUUGUAUCAACCAGGUUCCUGGAAGAUUUUGAUAAUGGACGAAAGGGCUACGCGUGUCGUUUCUUCUGUCUACAAAAUGCAUGAUAUCACGGAAUUUGGAAUCACGCUGGUUGAAUCCUUGUACAAAGUCCGAAGGCCGUUUAAUAUGGAGGCUAUCUACAUUAUGUAUCCGCAUAGAAGAGAGGUGGAUCUUUUUCUUCGAGACUUCAGUUCUGAGAUGCCAACGUAUCCGGCAGCCCAUGUGUUCUUUCUGUUGCCAUGCCCCAGGGACGUGCUGAAUGUCAUAGCUGCUUCAAGAGGCAUGCAAUACGUCAAAACUUUGGAGCAAUUGGAUCUGGAUUUCAUCCCCAUCGAAUCGUGUCUUUUUAGUCUUGAGUGUCAAGAAACAGGACAAACCUACAGUUUGCCCGCGCGUUUGGUUCCUGACAAAAAGACUCAGUUAGAACAAUUGGCGGAACAAUUGGCUACCGUGUGCGUCACUCUGGAUGAAUAUCCGCGUAUUUUUUACCGCAAAGAUGAAACAAACCUCGAACUGGCACAGAUGACACUGGCGAAGCUUGACGCAUGUCGCGAAAGUAACCCAUCAAUGGGUCAGGGCACACACAAGGAUCGAAGCAUUUUGCUUAUCUUGGACCGUGGUUUUGAUCCCAUCACCCCGCUGCUCCACGAAUUAACUUUACAAGCUAUGUCUUAUGAUUUACUAACUGUGGUGGAUAAUGUUUACACUUAUGGCAACAACCAGAAGGUGGAUUUGACCGGUCAGGAUACACUUUGGAAGGAACUUAAACACAUGCACAUCGCCGAUGUCACAAAAACUCUACCUCAACGUGUUCGAGAGUUUGCAGACAGCAAGAAACAAUUCGCGAGUUUACAGAGUCGUGAGUCCUCAUCUGAAGGUGGCUUUGACAACAAGGCAGCAUCUCUGGAACCGGGUGAAAAGGGUACCCUUGGACUCCGUGAGCUGAGCAAUAUAAUCAAGCGAAUGCCACAAUAUCAGAGUGAAGCAUCUAGUUAUACUGCGGCCUAUAAUAUCACUGAAGCAUGUAUGAACGUAUUCCGUCAAGGUGUGGAUAAACUCUGUGGACUUGAGCAGGACUUGGUAAUGGGUCAAACCGCUGAAGGCGAGCCUGUACGGGAUCCCAUGCGCUGCUUAUCGGAUAUGUUUCGGUAUGACUUUACCUCGGUCGAUGAUCGCCUGCGGCUGCUGAUGAUUUUCGUCCUAAUCAAAAGUGGAAUCUCAGAGACUCACUUGGAGAAACUCUUAAGCACUGCCAGAGUUGAUCGAGUGAAUAAGGCCUUGUUUGCUAGCCUUUCAAUGCUGAUUGGCGCUCAGCUCAUUCACCCGGAGCGAAGCUCGCUGACUGGUGGUUACACUGCACAACCUAGUUCCUCAUCGUUCCAAUUCAGUCAGUGUGAAUGUGUACAGCGUCUGCCAAGUAUUGCUAGUGUUGCAGAUCGUGUACAACGUUAUCUCCCAAUGAGAGGAGACCGAAAAGACCGGGUGGACCCAAAUUCCUACGCAUUUUCCAGGUGGUCACCGUAUCUGGUGGACCUUAUUGAGGAAGCAAUAGAGGGAAAACUCAGCAAGUCACAUUACACGUUUCUAGUUGGAAGGAAUCCUAUAGAGACUGUGAAUUCGCUGGCGCCGGCUGCGUUUUCUCCAAAGGCCGCUAUCGGUCCUUCGGCGCGAUUUCAACCUGGUGGCCCUUCUGGUGGCAGGGGGACAGCUUCGGAUGUUCUAUCCCCAAGUUCAGCUUUUGGAACGUUUUCUGACGCUGGCAAGAACAAAUCGAGUCAUUGUGGACCUCGCUUGAUCGUGUGUAUCGUUGGUGGAGUCUGUUGGUCCGAGGUCAGGACUGCUUAUCAAAUGACUCAAAAGUGCAUCGAAACGCGAUUGGCGGCAAGUGACCGGCACACCGCGGCCCGAACGCCCAACACACCGCCCACCGCUGUCGUUGCCGGUGGUGGUGGUGUGGGCUGGAACUGGGAAGUUAUGAUUGGGGGGACACACGUGGUAUCUCCGACCACUUUUAUUGGUGACUUGGACCACAUGUCACGUUAUUUUGCCGCCGCCAGCACACAAGCACCACCUAACGUAGCUCAGCCACGUCGAUCAUCGCUUGCAAAUUUCCACAGAUUCUGAACUACUCUUAGAAGGGAUUUCUUGAUGAAUGACAAGCGUACUCACAUAUCAACUUGGGGCCUUUCUUAUUCAUCCAUUCUUGGCUGUGUGCGAUAAAAUUCUCCUUUUUCCUUCAUCCGAUUACUACUGUUACGCUUUUCGAAUGCUAUUUCCAUUUUUCCAAGCUAAUCUUGACCUCCCUGUUGAGUGAUAUACUUCGUUCACAUUAUCUUCGGGCCAUGAUCGAACCUGCAUUCUUGAAUAGUUCGAACAGCAACAACUUCAGACUGAGACCACACUUAGUCGAAGACUCCGUCG